ACUUCUCGUCCCGUGAAGAAGUGAUAGCGGUUCUGCUUUGUUUACUUUAAAGAUGGAUGCUCAGUUGCACCUAUUUUCUGACUUAACGGGAUAAUCUGCUUUAAAAUCAACCCUUAGAAUGUAAGAUAGUAAAUACCCAGAAUGGAGGAAUCGUGGGAUUUCGAGUUCUUGUCUCGCAUGGUUGACAGUCUGGUCUCCUUUCUGUCCGAGUUUGUGGAUGACUGGCUGGCAAACGACAUGAGAGUUGCCGUGUUUAAAAUACUCUUCAGCUGGCUUGUCGUCAGUCUCGUAGCCAUCCAUUUUGCCUGGAAAGUGUACGGGAACACGGUCAACGACAUGUACUAUAGACAGGGGACUGGAGGACAGAACGGCGGGACUCCUGACACUGCGCCUCACCUGAGCGGAUGGGAAAGUGCAGCUGGUGAUGCCAUGAAAACCCACCGUGAGUGAUGAUGUACCUCCAGCUGCCCUCAGAGCACAGACAGACUAGAUGGAAAAAGGCAACUGCAUUCCUCCAAGACAAUUGUGCCAUUAUAACAACUUUAACAGUGUGUAUGUCUGUGAAGGACUGGUGCCAGUCUCAAGCCCCAAACACAUGAAUACAUGCUUGAAAAUUCCUGACUGAAUGGUGCAGUGCACUAGAAGGAGAGCAUUAAGGGAGCAAGCUAUGACAUACAGAAGCUCUGAAUAUGUAAAUAGACUUUAGAGACAUGUUGAAUUGAAUUCUGCAAACAAAUAGAUAGAAAGACUUGAGCCACAGUAUCAUCAUUCAUUCAAAACUGACAUGAGUACUUGUCAAAAGGAAGGUCUCAUUUGUUUACAUGGUGAUCUGAUCUGUUUGAAGGAAUAUUUGAUUUCAGUGGAAAAUAGAUUUGACUGUACAGAGAAAUAAAGACAAGUACCUCUACCUGGCUUUCAGAUAUUCAAAAGAAUACUGCUGUCUUUUUGUUUUGCAGUGGAUUAUAUAAUAAAUACUAUGAAUCUA